CCGCAUUUCAGCGCUGGCAGCACCCCGCCUAGAGCAGCACCCCAGCACCGGUCCUGGGGCAGUGGGCUCGCCGCUCGAGGCGCUGCCAACGCCCGUCGAGUCCAAUGCGCCUUCCUACGUGGAGAGCGGCUGCUCUUCUCGCCGCCGGAUCGGCGGCGGCAGCGGUGGCUGUGCGCGCCCUAUUUUUCCGCUGGAUUCGCAGCCGACCAGGUGCCGCACGCGGCAGAGCGCCUUUUGGCCGUCGGGAUAGCAGUGCCUGGGCCAGCAUACGGUGUGUCGUCGCUGAGCCUGCCCGAAGUCGGUCUUCCGCAACCGACGCUGCCGCCCCGCCGCCGGCUCCGUCGCCAAGGACAGUCCAGGCCGUGCAGGCGAGUUGGGCCCAAGCUGAGGCUCUUGGUCUGGCGACUGUCGGCGCGCUCUUCUUCGACGCGCUCUUCGCGACGUCGGCCUCCGCCGAGCAGCUCUUUGCGACGCAAAAGUUCGCCGACGGCCCGGCUGGCCGAGCGCGCUUCAAGCUUCACACGCUCAACGUGAUGCAGACGCUGAGCGCGGCGGUGUACGGCCUGAGCGACCUCGGCUCGCUGGCGCCCGUGCUCGAGGCGCUGGGGGAGAGCCACCUCGGCUACAACGUCCUGCACGUCCACUACGAGGCCGCGGGUGCUGCCCUCCUCGCCACGCUGCGCGGAGGCCUCGGCGAAGAGUUCACGCCUGCCCUCGAGUCGGCCUGGCGAGAGGUGUACGCCUUCAUCGCGCAGAGCAUGCUCAGAGGCGCGUCGCGCGCCAUGUACACCUUCUAGUCUAUUUUAUUAGGAAUUCUGUGUUUGAUGUCAAUAUCGAGAGAUCUUGGCAGAGCGCUUUCUGAUUCUGUCGAGUAGUUAGUUGCGAAACUCUACUAUCACCGC